GUGGUCGGUUGAAUGACAUAAUUUCGUUGCAAAUGCUCCUCCCUCUCCUGCAGUCUGGAAAAAAUAUAUAAUAUUUUAAGGCCACAGUCACACUUCCGAUGGUCGUGUGGUUAAAGUGAAUAUUGCCUGGGUGACUUAGACGCCUUGUAUUCAGCCGGGCUGCCCUUCCCUGACGCUCUUGUGCUGUGCCCGUGUGUGAGACGCUUUCUGCAUGGUAUACGUACACGCCAGGACUCUUGAUUAGAAUAAUGUCACUUUAAUCUCACACGCAUAAACCAUGGCUACCAAAGAAGAGAUGUACAGUAAAGUUGUGCCCCGAAAGAAUCGCCAGAACCGGCCUAUGACCGUCAAACAUGGGUCAACUCUGGAGGUCUUUUUAUCAAUGGGAUUCCCUAAAGCGAGGGCACUAAAGGCGUUAGCAUCUACAGGCGGGAAGAGUGUCCAGGCAGCGUGUGAUUGGCUGUUUUCACACGUGGAUGAUCCCUUCCUGGACGACCCGCUUCCUCGAGAAUAUGUCCUCUACCUGCGACCAACUGGGCCUUUGGCGAACAAGCUGCUUGAGUACUGGCAUCAGUCACGACAGCUGUGCGGCAAAAACAAGGCUCACAACAUCUUCCCUCACAUUACCCUCUGCCAGUUCUUCAUGUGUGAGGACAGCAAAGUGGAAGGUCUCUGUGAAGCCUUGCAGAAUACGGUGACCCGAUGGAAAGAGACCUUCCCGCUUCCCCUUCCCCUGGAGCUCUACACUUCGUCAAACUUCAUUGGUCUUUUUGUGGAGGAGGAGAGUGCAGAAAUCAUCAAGAAAUUUGCUGCAGAUUUUGCAUCGGAGGCGACAAGUAAAGCAGAUGUCCGAGUGGAACCCCACAAGAAACAGCUCCAUGUCACGCUUGCAUAUCAUUUCCAGCCCAAUCACCUGACUGCAUUGGAAAAAUUAGCUCGUGGCUUGGACCUGAAGCUGGGCUGUGACUGGGUUGCUGCUGUUUAUUCCCGAGAUAUCCGAUUUGCCAAUCAUGAGACUCUGCGAGUAAUGUACCCAUAUACGCCUCAGAACGAUGAUGAGCUGGAACUGGUGCAAGGAGACUUUAUAUUCAUGUCGCCACUUGAGCAAAGCAGCACCAGUGAGGGCUGGAUCUUUGGCACCUCACUCGCAACAGGCUGCUCUGGCCUGCUUCCAGAAAACUACAUUGCCAAGGCAGACGAAUGCGAUACGUGGGUCUUUCAUGGAUCGAACUCAUUUCUGACUGCGGCUGCUCCUGCUGGUGCCGGUUUAUGUGACGGAGCUCUUCGGAGGAGGAACCAGGAAGAGCAGGGGCCUGGCGAGGCUCUGUCACUGCCUUCUAAUGUCAUCUGCCACCCAAUGUCGAUGCUGUAUAAGAACUCUCGGUCCAGUCCACAGAAACGGGAUCUGUACAUUUGCCGGCAUGGAGAGAGGAUGGAUGUGGUUUUUGGGAAGCACUGGCUCUCUCAAUGCUUUGAUUCGAAAGGUAAUUACAUAAGGUCCAAUUUGAACAUGCUCCCAGCUUUACCUCAGAGAAGUGGCGGCUACAAAGACUAUGAGAAAGAUGCUCCUAUCACUGUGUUUGGCUGCACACAGGCCAGGCUUGUGGGCGAGGCUCUCCUGGAGAGUAAAUCUGUAAUUGACUACGUGUACAGUUCACCCUCGCUUCGCUGUGUGCAGACUGCAUUCAACAUACUAAGAGGAUUUCAAAAGGAAAACCAGAUAAAGAUUCGGGUGGAGCCUGGACUAUUUGAAUGGACAAAGUGGGUUUCUGGAAGUACAUUACCAGCAUGGAUGACACCAGAGGAACUUGCAGCAGCAAAUCUGGGGACUGACACAACCUACAAACCUCACAUACCGGCAAACAAACUGGGGAUUUCGGAACCCUAUGAGACAUACAUUAGCAGGAGUUGCCAGGUUAUGAGGGAAAUCCUGGCUGAAUGUAAACUCAAAGGUAACAGCGUUCUGAUUGUAGCACACGCCUCCUCACUAGAGGCCUGCACCAGGCAGCUCCAGGGGCUCUCUGCACGCAACUCCAAGGACUUUGUGCAAGUGGUUCGAAAGAUCCCAUAUUUGGGAUUUUGCGCCUGUGAAGAGCUGGAAGAUGCGGGUAUAUGGCAGCUGGUAGAUCCUCCUAUCCUACCGCUCACCCAUGGGCCCAAUCACAGUUUUAGCUGGAGGGAUAUCUUGUUCCAAGACUAAUGGAGAGAUUCACCAUCACUGGAAGAUAGAGCCAUUAUUAGCAUGUGCUUCCACUUACUACUUCACCUCCUUUCCCUUUUUCCCCAUACUCCGUAUUAGCCAGUUCAUUUCACUGCCAUGCUUGGUAUACUCUGAUGCAACAACCAUCAGCAUUAGUUACUUGAUUGUUGUGUUAUAUGCAAGUUCAGUACCUUGUUGUGAAGGACUUGUAUUUACUUCAUCUGAUACCUUUUAAUUAUGAAUGAGUUGAUGUGAUUACAUGACCAAUUGUGUUUAGAUCAGAGCAAGAUACAAUUCUGAGGCUAGGUAUGGUUUAAAAAGAAAUUGAGUUGACUUCAGAGAACCUAAAAAUAAUUAAGAACUUCAGUCUGCUAAUUUAUUUUUGAAUUGUGUUUGACACAGUUUCCCUAGGACCUGUGGUAUACUUGAGCAAUAAUUGGGGCAUGAGAAUCUAUAUAAAGUGUUUCAGAAACACCAGUAACUAAUCUGAAAUGCAUUUUCUGGGACACUGUUAACAAUGACUCCUGUCCCAUGUACCUGGUUUGUGGGACCUUGCCUCCUGUCUCAUAAACACCGAGGACCUUUUUUAUCUCUGAUCCUGGAAUGUUAAGAGAACAUAAUUUAUUUCUCCAUGUUGAAACCAAAUAGCAAACCGAUUUGCAAUUGUAAGCCAAAGGAAUGGCAUGUGAGGUGGUCUUGACAUAAGACCCACCUCCAGAUAUUUAAAAUGUGUUAUAUUUUCACCCCAGUUGGCAGACAAUCAGUAGAACAGGGUUUAUUUAUUGCGUGUUUUACUAGCAGAAUCUGAUUUUUGUGAAUGAUUUUUUUUUUGAAUGCUUAAUCCAAUCGUAUAGACGUAUUUGUAUUGCUUGGCAGUAGAAAAUAGGACUAAUUCCACAAUCCACACUGCAGAAAGUUACUCUGAAAAGGAUUGUCAUUUACAAUUGAGCCAACAAUAUUACACCACUGAUUCCCCUCUGUACAAACAGCAGUCCGCAAUGGGAUUGUGGAAUUAGUCUGUCUGGUUUAACUGAAGUCUCACUAAGGGCAGCAACUGAUGGAAAGGGGCCUUGAAAGUUAUGUGAUUUGCAUGUGUCUAGUUGGUUCCUUAACCACCUCCUUAAACUAAGCUUGCUGACAAUGUGAUUAAGCAGAAGUUAACCUUCAUCCUGCAUAUGGUGUAAUUUAAAGGUUGGAAUGCUUUAGCUGAGAUUUCUAAGGGUGUAUAGUGAGCUUGGUAUUACUUAAUUAUGGGUCCGUUGUAUCCCUGAGGGGAGACUAUGAAACUCCUUACCCCUCCAUUUUACUUUUGAAUACAUUUUUGAAAAUGAAAGUUGGCAUUGUUGAAUCUCAACUGAAACAUUUAAAUUUACAUAUUUGAGAUGAUUUGUGUGAGGUGAACCAAUCUUUUUUUCUUCACUGGAAUAACAUAUUGAAUGUUCAUCAAAGAACUUUCAAUAGGAGUGGCCAUCCCAGCAAUGAAGCUUAAAAUUACCAUAUAUGUUUUUUGUUUAAAAUACUGACUAAGCCCUCAGUCAGGAGACAUUUCUGUUAAGGAUUAAAGGAACACACUUAGAUCGGUGGCAGGAGAUGGAGAUAAACCAUUUAGCCUUUUGCAACUCUUGGACAGUUUUCUUCAUCUCUGAAACAUCCAAAACUGGAUGUUUAUAACUUAGCAUCUCGUGUGAAGUUAGGUCAUCAUGUUUUGGAAUUUGGAGAAUUAAAGAUCAAGACAUUUCUAUUUAAUAAUGAGAACUUUAAAUGCUUUGUGGAUUGAGAGUUCAUCACAGAAAUUUGCCAGUGUUGGUCUGGAAGCUACCCACAUUUGGGUUCAAAUAAAAGAAUACUAAAUAAUUAUAUACUUUCCCAGAACUACCCCUUGGAAGUUCUUCACACUGUAUUGUGUAUGUGGAUAGCAAAUUAAAAUGCAGAGUUUUUCUUUUUAUGUUUGUGUGUUCUCCCCCCACCCCCAAGUAUGUAUGAAGUAAAUGUUUCAAAGUGUUUCACAGUGAGUGAAAUAAAAGGACUGCACACAACUUUAAUGCAGAAUUUUAAAUGAAUCAGGGUUGCGAUGUGUUAGACACUGUGGACUACAAACGUUGAGUAAUCCAUUCUUCUUGCUGAAGUGGCCUCGGCACCAUCCGUCACUGAGAGUUCAUAUUCAGUUUGCGUCUGCAGUGUUUGCCAUCAACUUCAUCUGUUUUAAGCUGCAUAUGGGAAACUAGUGUUUGUUGGCAAGCAAGGGUCAUGACAAUCACAGGAAUGGAGAUUCAAAUAUUUUUGAUACUUCUCCUUUGAAGGCCUAGUAAAUCUCCCGGGUGUUGCUUCACUGCCCAAGUUGUGUUGAAUUUAUGCUGGUUGUUCUGCUGGGUGCCUAUUUGGCAUGAGUUUAGUUGAAUAAAACACAGAUCUCUUCUAAUUUGAGAAUCCCUGUGGAAUCUUCAAACUUAUAUUUAAAUGCUGCAGUGCAUACUUAGAAUUGUACCAUUCAACCUAAUAAAUAUUGGUACAACCUAAUAAAGGUUGAACUAAUUUUAAAAAAUGACACAAUUUCAUUGAAUCACAAAGGAUAAUCAUUUGUUCCAAGAGUGUUCAUUAUUACAGCCAGUUAGAAAGACCAUUUUAUCAGCACCCAGAUUUUGGCUUUGCUCAAUGCAUUUUUGUCUCUUCUACCUGCAUGUUUUGGUGCUAAUUAUUUGCAUUAAGUAACAGCUUGGUCAAGAUGGUGAAUUGCUGGGUAUUAGGGUUACUUCUAAUAGAGGACUAAAGACUUCUGUUGCCAUAGUGCCAAUCUUGGUCUCCCUGCUGUCCAUAACCUGAUUUUUGUGAGUCUUGGGAUUGCUAAAGUUUGUACAUCUCAAAUAAGGCCUUGAAGUAAACUGCAGCAAUAAAUAAGGAAGAAAGGUACUCAUGAGUUAGGCUCCCUGGUUGUUUCAGCAUAAACCAGAACAAAUUCAUGAUGGAUUGAAUCUGAUCCUCUUUAGCUUUCUGUUGGCAUCUGCAGACAACAAAUGGAGCACGUAAUGCUCCAUGAUAAUUCAUUGAACAAAGUUGGCUCACCCAAUUUAAAAAUAAAUGGACUUUCCUUAAGCUAGAAGUGGUAAUAGUUCAGAUUUACACUACAUCUGUCAUUGUCAGGAAAAGGGAAAAUACAAAGACAAUUUAGAAAUUAGUAAUUUGACAGCUGGGAAAACAAAAUAAUCAGCAUUACAUCGCAUGUUCUGUUCCUGGUUUGACUUUCAACUCUAUUUGCUGCUAUGUGGCUGAAUAUUAGGCAGGGGCAAUACAUGGUGACAUAUGCCAAUCUAAUAAUUUUGCUUCUUGGACAACUUGAAUUUUGCCCCAAGAGUACCAGAACAAAAAUGAAUUUUCCUGUAAUCUAGGGCUGGAAUCUGCCACCAGUUAUGUCCUAUCCAUUGCUCACCACACUGUAACAAGUGGAAUCAAAUACAAAGUAAUAAAUCGUAAGAAAUGCAUUUCCACCCUUUUUCCUGCCCAAGUCAAAUUACUACCUUGUGUAUUCCAAGAAAACAGCUUCCUUUGUAUCUUGCCUUUUCUAUAGAUUACUCGUGUGAAGUACAUCAGGAUAACUUGUACUCAUAUCUAGAUUUAUUGGCCUUAGCUAUACCUAAGGGUAGAACUUUGCAAGAUUUGGAAAGAUACCGGGGUCAAUUGCCUAGAUUCUGCAAGGCCACUGCUUGCAGACAGUUAGUUUAUAGAAGGACUGAAUCUGGCCUGUUGAGCAAUAGCCAUAAAGAAGAUCUUUUGGUUAGGGUCUGAGGAGCAUGUGUGCUAAAUUUGGCUGCCAACCUUGUGCAUCUAUUUAUAACAUAAUGUCCACCCUGGUUCUUCAAUUUUUAAGUAUAUUCAAUUACUGGACUGGGCCAUUGUAAAACCCUAAACAAUUGGGGAAGGACAGUUGGAACGGCAAUGGCUGCUUGUGCUCAGUGAUCAGAGAAAUGGAUUGGUUAUUGUGAUUAAAAGAUUUCGUGUAAAACCAAAGUUUCCAAGUGCUCAGAUGCCUGCAGUGUGGGAGAGAGGGAAGAGGUGGAGGUGGUGAAGGGACGGAAGGAGAUGGCAGUCACUUGAGAAUUUUGUGCAGUUGGUCAUGUGUUUUUGCCGUGUUAAGUCAGAUGAUGAUGUGUUUUUACAAUAAAAACUCUUAAGAUAUCCUUUGUCUUAGUGUUUGGGGGGAGGGGGACAUGAACCUGUAUUACUUCAGCAAAUAUUUAAACCCACAAAUGCUGAAAUUUUGCAAAGAAAUGAAAUGGCAAUAUUUAAUGAAUUAAAUAAUCAGUAUCUGAAAGAAUAGUUCAGAUGUAAACCUGACUUUAGAAAACUUUAUCACUCAAUUUUCAUCUUUCAGAAAGAUCUUGAGCAAUAAAAUAUCUUGAGGCAUAGUGACUAUUUUGCCAAAAUAAUUUAUGGGUAAAUUGACCCAUCAGUGAUGUUGAUCUGAGGAGCAUUGGAGUGCUUUUUAUUUUUCACUGGUGAGUUUGAACACAAUCUCCUAGGUUUGCAAAAUGAGUAAUAAGUGUUUGCCAGGGAGAUUUAUAAAAGUGAUGAUUAGCUGAGAGCUCUUGAAACCUUUAAAUAUUUUCCCCUGUGUUUGUAAUUCCAUUUCAGGUUUUGAAAGUUGCCUUCUUAUGUAUCACAGCAUAAGGAUGUACCAUAGUUUAGAUCUUGCAUUCUGUUCAAUUUAAGUAUAAAAUCCAUAUUUAUAUAUUUAUCAAAAUGAUUUUGUGCAUAUGUGACAAUGAUGGUGAUGCCAAAAAUUCAUGUGAUGCCAAUUUUUACAUCUGCAUUUAAAACUCAUUUUGAUUAAACAAUCAGCUGUGAUAUUUGUGUCUGUGGUAUUCAGUGUGCAUUGAUUUUAGGAUUAAAACUGCUUUAUGCAGAUACAGUUUGUCUUACAGCCUGUCAUAUUGCUUUUAUUUUCACACACUGUACAAAUAUGUCAUUGAUCUGCAAUGCAGAGGGAUAGGUUUGAAUAAUGUGGGUCAAGGAACAUCUACUUCCUGACUAGUACUUCCGUCUCUAUAUAAUCCUCACCAUCUUUGGGGACUCUGAAAAACUUUACUCAUUCAACCACUUUGAGAGUGUAUGCCUGUAAAAAGUUGAGAUUCUAAUACAAAUCUGAAUCCCCACUGUGGCAGAAAAUUGUGUUUCUGUGGUCAGAUCACUUACCUUGAAAGAGAAGUUGCUGAUCUAUGUAAAAUAAUCAGGAGGUUAAAUCAUUUGCAUUCUUAGAUGUCCAGCCUGAAGGUAAUCCACAGUUAUUGAAGCAGAAUGAUUAUGGUGUAAAUUUUCAACAUUUUCUUCUAGGCAACUAUAGUUUUCAAUGUAGCUCAUAACUUUAAGUUUUCAAUGGGAUUUUAAAAUAUAAAUUUGCCAGAACAUGCAAACUAAAAUGCUAUUUCAAUUUUUCAGCUCACUUUAUUGUAUCCAUCUCUUUUCCUUUUUUGUUCCUCAGUUUGAAAUUCAACCUGUGUUUUCCAGACCCUGCACCAUCAGGGCAAGGGUUGCUGCACCUGGAGGUGAAGCUUUUCCUCCUUGCUGGCAGAGCUGUACUUAUUGAUAGGUGCUGGUACCAUAGUGUCAUGGUUAACCAGGUGAUGAGUAUCCAAAGCCCCAGACUACUGAUCAAUAAAUGAUUUCAACUUGCACCACAAAUUGAGGAAUUUAAAUUUACAAUAAUUAAGUUAAAUCAGAAAUAAAUUGGUGCUAUUAGUAAUAUUGCUGGGAAAAUAGCAUAUUAUUUUUUAAAUCCUUCCGGAUCAUUAGCACCCUUGAUGAGGAAGGUCUGCGUCCUUACUUGGUCUGCCUAUAUGUAACUCUAGACUCUCAAUAUAGCUAAAUGUCCUCUCAAUUGGCCUAGCCACCUAGUUAGUAAACUGUGAAUUAGGGAAGAAUAGUGAAUGCUGACUUAGUGAUUUCUAUAAGUAAUAAAAUAGCAUAAAUUUAGUUUAGGCCUUGGCAGAGGAAAAGGACAAAAUUAAUUUAAAUGGGAGAACCAGUGGAUGUGGUAUAUUUGGAUUUUCAAAAGGCUUUUGACAAGGUCCCACACAGGAGAUUAGUGUGCAAACUUAAAGCACAUGGUAUUGGGGGUAAGGUAUUGGUGUGGGUGGAGAAUUGGUUAGCAGACAGGAAGCAAAGAGUGGGAAUAAACGGGACCUUUUCAGAAUGGCAGGCGGUGACUAGUGGGGUACCGCAAGGCUCAGUGCUGGGACCCCAGUUGUUUACAAUAUAUAUUAAUGACUUGGAUGAGGGAAUUAAAUGCAGCAUCUCCAAGUUUGCGGAUGACACGAAGCUGGGUGGCAGUGUUAGCAGUGAGGAGGAUGCUAAGAGGAUGCAGGGUGACUUGGAUAGGUUGGGUGAGUGGGCAAACUCAUGGCAGAUGCAAUUUAAUGUGGAUAAAUGUGAAGUUAUCCACUUUGGUGGCAAAAAUAGGAAAACAGAUUAUUAUC